AUGGAAUCCAUAACGCAUGAGACUUUCCUAUUGAGUCGUAAUUCAUGGCAUAGAACUUCUUAUUAUAUUCCAAACACAUGCUUGUCAUGUCGCCUGGAUUCUCGUCCUGGAAUCAGAACUAAAAAGCUAAUCGGACGCUACGACACCGAUAAGGUUUCUUGGCCUAAUGCUCGACGCAACGCAAUCAAACUGAAAGCCAAGAACGGGAGACUCGUCCCGGAGGGUCCAGUCCUACCGCCUUACCUGCGAUCUAGACGUUGCGCCACUGAUAAGACUGGAAGCAAAGAACGUGUCUCGGAGGGUCCAGACCUUACUAGUCCGUUGUUCGUUUUUCGAAAUGCCUUUCAAUUUUUGUAUCACCCAAAUUUAGCAUUUAUAAACUCGAGUUUGUGUCGUACAAACGUUCUGGCCAAUCAAGUCAAAACUACAAAUCGCGUAGUAGAUUUUCCAACAUCCUCGCGCAUGAAAUAUGAUACCACAAAAACCAUAGCCAACUUGGAGGAUGGCGUGAAACGCCAAAAACUUAAUUAUGGCACUGACAGAGGAGGAAGGGAAGGGGAACAGGAAGGAAACGAAUUGUUAUGGAAAUAUGUCAAUUGUGUGUGCAUUCAAGAAUACCAUGCAUUAUCUUCCGGAGUUGCUGGGGAAGGAAAUAGCCGCAGUGAUAUUAAAAGAAGGGCACUAAAACCACCAUCUGUUUGGACGCAUAUAGUAAAAUAUUUAGAUGCAGUCUUGAACACUCCGAAGGAAGGUUUCGAAGAUUCACUGAGGCAGACCAUGAGCGAUGAACCUAAGUUCCAACUGUAUUGUAAGAAAGUCUUGACAGAUUUUUGGCUAGGUUACCCUCACAAUCGGGCAUCGUUAAAGUUGAUGCCAACGGAAUACGAAUACAAGACAAUUAAGAAACGUGGCAUCUGGAACUGUAUUACGAGAAUACCUGUCGGCUCCCAUACGAAUGGCGAAGAAAUUAAAAGUGAUCGAAUUACAUUAUACAGUCUCAAUCUCAUGGAAGGAGGUAAAUUCUUGGCAGAGGAAUUAGAAUCAGCGAAGAUACCAUUUUCUUUUUCUUCCCGAAUGAGAUACAUGGGUCUUUUGAAGAUGAUUGCUCGGUUUCAUGACAAGCUGAUGGAACAGGAAGAAAUAAUUGGAAAGCUUGAAGCUAGUUUCUAUGUUGACAAAGACGAGUCCCCCAAAGUGCGAGAUGUCCUCACAUUCCCUGAUAAAUCACAAAUGUGGCGAGCAGGCUCACCGGCCGGCUCCUUCAAGGGUCACAAUUAUGGAAUCGAGAUGGAAGAAGCAUUUAAAAGGAUGAAUGUUCAUAGUACAGUAUUAAUGAUUUUUGCUGAAGGACGUUAUUCAAUAUGGCUUGAAUAUUCAUUAAUUUAUCAUC